AGCACCGCCAAGGAAAGCACCGAGUCCACCGGAGCGAGGAAAAUUAAAUAAAUAAGAGACGGAGGUGCGAGAAGCGAGAGAGUUGGUCCGGUUACUCACGACUCUGGCUGGCCGGAAUUGUGGUCGGCAGCUAUGCGCCGGAGCAUCCGCGCGACCGUCGUCUUCGGCCUGCUUGCUUGCAUCUCCGCUGCCUAUCUCUACCUCCAGUUCGUUCGCUACCCUUUUGCCGGCGAUUCCGUCGCCGGUAAUUUUCGUGUUCGAUACGCGGUCGGGCAGGGGAAAGAGCAGAGCCUUAUUCGGGAAUCGUACAGUGCUCCUGGUCGGGGAGAUUCUCCCGUCGAUGCGGUGCUCGUUUCCGAUUGGGAGGUGCUGCUCGUGCUUCCCCCAGCUGCGACUCUCUCCGGCGACCGCUGCCUGUUUCAGAACGGGGCCUUCUCUCCCGUCCGCCCAUUCGGCGUGCUUUUCCCGUCGAACCGUACCACCGCCCGAUGCAAGCUUCCUCGGAGCGUUCGGCGUCUCAGUCCCUUCCGCCAGCCGAUUCUCGUUACGGAGAGCGUCGCUGUUCCCUUCCCUGCCGAUCGGCCGGAGCUUCUCCGGUGGAGCUUCCUUGUCUACGAGGCUCUUCCCACGGCCUCCGACGUCGUCGUAUUUGCUAAAGGGUUAAACAGCCGGCAGGGCGUUAAUUUUCCGACGGAUGAGCUCCGGUGCGUCUUCGGCGAUGAAUCUGGACCGGGUGGAAUCGCAUACACGCGCGUCGUCAGCUCGUACCAAGAGGUCUUCCGCUGCCUUCCGCCUCCUCCUGGCGUCUACGGCAAGGUCUCCCUCGACGUGGGCGGUCGAAUCAUGCCUUCCGUCGCGUACUACCGCCCGCCGCUGCAGGAGGCGUCGCCGUCGACCGCAUCCGGCGGCUAUGAACACGAGCUCUGCGCUAGCACGAUGGUUUUCAAUGUCGGGAAGUUCCUCAAGGAGUGGGUGAUGUACCACUCGUUCCUCGGCGUCGACCGGUUCGUGCUCUACGACAACGGAAGCGAGGACGACACGGAGAGGAUCGUCGCCGAGGAUCUCGCCGACUAUAACGUGACACGAAUCCUGUGGCCGUGGCCGAAGACUCAGGAAGCCGGCUUCUCCCACUCGGCAGCAUCCGUCUGGGGCUCUUCCUGCAAGUGGACGAUGUUCAUCGACGUCGACGAGUUCUUCUUCUCGCCGACUUGGGCGAAUCUCACCAGCCCCAGAAACGCGCUCCGGGAGCUCGUUUCCGCCACCGGAAGCGACGAAGAGGUGGGGCAGAUCCAGGCGCGGUGCAUCGAGUUCGGGCCGUCGGGACAGAAGAAGCACCCACCGGCGGGCGUGAUGCAGGGGUACGACUGCCGGAGACGGGCGGAGCAGCGGCACAAGUCGAUCGUGCGGGCGGGGGCGUUGGCGGAGUCGCUGCUGAACGUGGUGCACCACUUCGAGCUCAGGGAUGGGUUCGAGACGAGCGUGUUGGAGAGGGAGGUGGGUUCGGUUCACCACUACAAGUACCAAGCCUGGUCCGAGUUCAGGGCCAAGUUCCGGCGCAGGGUCUCGGCCUACGUCGUGGACUGGAGGCAGAGCAAGAACCUGAGCUCGAAGGACCGAACCCCCGGUCUCGGGUCCGAACCCGUCGAGCCGCCUGGCUGGCCGGCAAAGUUCUGUGAGGUCCGUGACCUCCGGCUCAAAGAGUUCAGUCAGCGGUGGUUCGGGACGGAGACGGAGAGCGGCUUGAAGACGGUAUGGGAAGACAAGUGAGCGGUUUGGAUCUUCAAAGAUUUGGAUUUAGGAUCCAAAAUCCUUGUAGAAAGUUAGGACCGGUAGGAGCAUCCCGUGGGUGCAGCGGACAGGGGCUCGCAGGUUCAGCCCACCGGCGUUCCGGCCAUUCAAUGACCGUGAAAAUCUUUCUGGAGACGCCAGCAAAUAUUUGUACAACAGACAACCAAACGAGCAAAUUCUUUAUUUCUUUUGGUUUUUCUUUCUUGAUCUAUAAUUCGGAGAGCCAUAGGCGUUAAUGAUUCUUUUGUAAUUCAAAUCUGUUAAUGAAAAUUCUUUCUUGUUUAA